CUCAUUCCCUUUGUCUUCCUCGCCCUCUCUGAGUCUCUCUCUCUCAGAAUCAAGAAGCCACGAAACCAUUAAUUCUUCCAUCAAUGGCUGAUGGAGAUAACACUCAAAUUGAUCGAGAAAUUCAGAAUCUUGUCAAUAAACUGAAUGAGCGCAUUGGAAAGUUAUAUCAAAAGAGGAAGGUUUUAGAGAAUGCAAAGGGAUCAGAAAUCAAAGCACUCAAGAAAGAUCGAGAUGAAGCCUGGAAACUAAAGUCCAGUCUUCUAAAUGAAUCUGGUGAUACAAGACAGGAGAUUGCUAAUGUGAAUAACUGGCUGGAUCAGAAGACACUGCUCAGUGGUGACGACCAAGAUGAGGGCUAUAAUUUCUCUGUGCUUAUUGUUGAUGAUGAUCUCACUGUUCGAGACACCAAUCGGAGACUCAUGAUGUCAGUUGAGACACAAAAGCAGCUUACAAUGGAAUUUCAAGAGGCAAAGAAUGGGAAAGAAGCUGUUUAUCUAAAUCUUGCUGGAGCUUCUUAUGAUCUCAUUCUUAUGGAAAAUCAUAUGCCCAUCAUGACUGGAAUUCAGGCAACACAGCGUUUACGCAAGAUGGGUGUUAAGAGUCAGAUUGUAGGUAUCUCUUCUGAGUCUGACCAACAAGCUUUCAUUGACGCUGGCCUCGACAACUGCAUUCAGAAGCCACUGGAUAUUGCAAAGAUCACUACAUUCCUCUCUGAUCCCAACAAGCGAAAAAGGACUGAUACAUCACAAGCUUGAGAGUUUCUGGGUCUCCUGGGCCUGUGUUGGUUUUUUUUUUUUUUUACAAGGUCCUUAAUUUGAUGUAGAUAUGAACUCUAUAAAUGAAGUUUCUGACUAGCUAGUUAUUCUAAGAAGAUAAAUACAUAGUUGUAAGAACUUAUAAUCUAAAGCUGAACAAGGAAGUGUUGCUUGCAUUAGCUUAGUAAAUGGAAUAGAGGCCAGAAGUGGUAGGAAUUGUUGGUGCUUGUUUUCAAGUUUUUGUUCUGGUGUUAACCAUUCAGCUAAUUCUU